CAAGUAAGUUAUUUAAAAAACGAACCCCUCAAAAUCGAUCUCGCUUUCUAUCUAUUUCAGGUUGGGUAUGGGCUCGGAUUGUGUCGCGUGUGAGCCAUUGCGAUACCCAGAUACUCGUCGAGACGAUUAUGUGGUUGAUAACUAUCAUGGUGUUCCUAUUUCUGAUCCCUAUAGAUGGCUCGAGGAUCCUGAUUCUAAAGAGGUAAAAGAGUUUGUCGAAAAGCAGAUGAAAGUGACGGAGUCAGUGCUUUCGAAUUGCAAUUAUCGGGAGAAGCUUCAUGCGUGCAUGACCAAGUCAUUUGAUUACCCCCGCUACGGGUGUCCGUUUCAGAGAGGGAAUAAGUAUUUUUAUUUUCAUAAUCCAGGCUUAUGCCCACAUCGAGUUCUCUACAUUCAAGAUAGUUUAAAUGACGAAGGCGAGGUUUUGCUCGAUCCGAAUCAACUAAGCGAGGAUGGAACCGUUGCUUUACGAGUUUGCGAGGUUAGCCAUGAUGCAAAAUACUUGGCUUAUGGUCUAAGCUCAAGUGGAAGUGAUUGGUUAACUCUACAAGUUAUGUGUGUUGCUAAUAAGACCAUCGAGCCAGACAAACUUUCAUGGCUGAAGUUUACAUCGAUCAGUUGGACUCAUGACACAAAGGGAUUUUUCUAUUGUCGUUUUCCUGCUCCUAAGGAUAGCGAGAACAUGGAUGCUGGCACAGAAGUGAAUGUUAACCACAAUCAUCAACUCUAUUAUCAUUUAUUAGGGACGAAACAAUCCGAAGAUAUAUUAUGUUGGGAAAAUCUUGAAAACCCGACACACAUUCUUGAAGCGAGACUCUCGGAUGAUGGAAAGUACCUUCUUAUGAACAUAUGUCAAGGCGCAAUACCACUCAACAAAUUCUACUGUUGUAAUCUAUCUACGUUACCAAACGGUCUCGAAGGUCAUAAACGCGACGACCUUCUCCCUUUCGUGAAGCUCAUCGAUGAUUUUGAGGCCCGUUACGAAGCCAUUGCAAAUGAUGACACAAUAUUUACUUUCUUAACCAACAAGCAAGCUCCGAGGUACAAGGUAGUUAGAGUAGAUCUCAAGAAACCAGAUCACUGGAUUGAAGUGCUUCAAGAAUCUAAAAAUGAUGUUAUUGAGUCAGUUCUACCCAUUAAUAGAAACCAAAUGAUUGUGACAUAUUUAAGUGAUUGCAAACAUGUUUUACAAAUAAGAGAUUUUGAGAGUGGUGCCUUGUUGCACAAGUUACCUAUUGACAUAGGUAGCAUUGACUACAUUAGUGCUAGGCGUGAAGAUAAUAUGUUUUUCGUCAAGUUUAGUAGUUUCAUCAAUCCAGGUGUCGUUUAUCGCUACGAUUUGAAACCAACGGGUCCGGAUUCCAAGGUUUUACGCGAUACUGUGGUUCCAGGAUUCGAUCAAGCGGAGUACCAUGUUAAUCAGGUGUUUGUGCAUAGUAAGGAUGGAACACGAGUCCCGGCAUUUAUAGUGGCUCCGAAGGAUAUAGAACUAGACGGAUCGCACCCGUGUUUACUAUAUGGGUAUGGUGGAUAUGGCAUUAGUUUAACGCCGUCUUUUGACAUGACGCGUGUUGUUUUGGCACGGCACCUAGGUGUCGUGUUUUGUGUUGCGAAUAUUCGCGGUGGUGGAGAGUAUGGCGAAGAAUGGCACCAAGGCGGGUCGCUUGCGAACAAACAAAACAGCUUUGAUGACUUUGUUUCGGUAGCUGAGUACCUUAUUUCGAAAGGCUACACUAAUCCCAGCAAGUUAUGUAUUGAAGGUGGAAGCAAUGGUGGCAUCCUCAUAGGUGCUUGCAUAAAUCAGAGACCAGAUCUGUUUGGUUGUGCUCUAGCUCAUGCCGGGGUCAUGGACAUGCUACGGUACCAUAAGUUUACCAUUGGUCAUGCAUGGGUUCACGAGUUUGGUUGUUCGGAUAGAGAAGAGGAUUUUCGUUACCUAAUCAAGUACUCACCAUUGCACAAUGUUAGACGACCAUGGGAAGAUUCAUCCACCAAGGCUACACAAUAUCCGUCUUGUAUGCUACUAACCGCUGAUCAUGAUGACCGUGUUGUGCCAUUACACACGUUGAAGCUAUUAGCGACUAUGCAACAUGAGCUAUGUACAAGUGUGAAGAACAGCCCACAGGUUAACCCAAUCAUUGGACGAAUCAGUAGGAAAUCCGGGCAUGGCUGUGGGAGCUCGACACAAAUAAUGAUUGAUAAAUCAGUAGAUUGUUAUAGCUUCAUGGCAAAGGCGUUGGGUGCAUCCUGGAAAGAUUAAGGAUGAUCUUAUAUAAUACAUCAUGUUCAAAUGUGUACUAAAAAGAAGAUAUUAAUAUGGAUAUAAGUUUUUUUUUGUGACUAAAUGCUAUGCAAAAUGCUUAAUUAUUGGUGUCGUAUCUUUGUUAUAGAGUGUAUGAAAUGCAAAUGCAAAUGCAAGUAUGCAACAAUAGAAAUAUA